CCCUGAGCAUCUCGUCUCAUCGAUCCACCAUCCAACUCUUUUUCUAGCUAGACGACAUGGCCACAUUCACCUGCAGGUCCAUGGCCUUCCUCUCCCUCGCCGCCGCCGUCCUCGUUGCCCUACUCACCGCCGGCGCCGCGGACGCGCAGAAGCUCUCCCCCAACUUCUACUCCAAGACGUGCCCGAACGUGGCCACCAUCGUGCGGCAGCAGAUGGCGUCCGCCGUCGCGGCGGAGAAGCGUAUGGGCGCCUCCAUUCUCCGCAUGUUCUUCCACGACUGCUUCGUCAAUGGCUGCGACGGCUCCAUCCUCCUCGACGACACGUCCACCUUCACCGGCGAGAAGGGCGCCGGCCCCAACGCCAACUCCGUCCGCGGGUUCGAGGUCAUCGACGCCAUCAAGACGAAGGUGGAGGCCUCCUGCAAGGCCACCGUCUCCUGCGCCGACAUCCUCGCCCUCGCCGCCCGUGACGGGGUCAACCUGCUGGGAGGGCCGACAUGGAGCGUGCCGCUGGGCCGGAAGGACUCGCGGACGGCGAGCCAGAGCCUGGCGAACUCGAACCUGCCAGGCCCGGGGUCAAGCCUGGCCACGCUCAUCAGGAUGUUCGGCAACCAGGGCCUGUCGGCGCGCGACAUGACGGCGCUGUCGGGGGCGCACACCAUCGGCAGGUCGCAGUGCCAGUUCUUCCGCAGCCGGAUCUACACCGAGAGCAACAUCAACGCCAGCUUCGCCGCGCUGCGGCAGAAGACGUGCCCGCGCUCCGGCGGCGACGCCACGCUCGCGCCGUUCGACGUGCAGACGCCCGACGGCUUCGACAACGCCUACUACCAGAACCUGGUGGCGCAGAAGGGCCUGCUGCACUCGGACCAGGAGCUCUUCAAUGGCGGGUCGCAGGACGCGCUGGUCAGGCAGUACAGCACCAACGCCAACCAGUUCUCCGCGGACUUCGUCUCCGCCAUGAUCAAGAUGGGCAACCUCAUGCCGUCGUCAGGGACGCCCACGGAAGUCAGGCUCAACUGCAGGAAGACGAACUAAAAACCAUGCAUGGUCGUCAUGGUCUGCAGGUUUAUUACAGUACAUGAAAGGAUAAUGCCAAAUGUGUACUAGUGCACACUUGUCCGUCCGCUCAAGUUCUCCGGCCGGGUGAGACAUUAUACAUGUACAAUACUGUAUGCCAGGUCACACAAGGUUACAUAUAAUUAAUACAAAAGGCUGGCAAAUAUAUUAUCACAGUCA